CAUGGCAGUUGGGUCAUGUGACUUGGUUCCUAGUGACAGUCCAGCGGUGCCCUUAGUGACCAUCAAGGAUGGCAGACAUGUUGACGAAGUUGGUCUUGGCAUUAUGUUUGAUCGCUAUUGCCGAGGUAUCGGAUUCUCCAUUGUGGAAUGAUGACAAUGAAAACCACCAUAUCCUUUCUCCAGCAGGUGCAGAUUCCUCUUUUAAAAUCAUUGAGGUGAAACCAUUAUCUCCUGGUGUGACUGCGCAUUCUGAUCAGCUUCUGUACUACAUUCCAAUAGAAGGCAGGCCUCUUACCAUGUCUUUGGAAAAGCAGAACUUUUUGUCCAGUCAUUUUCAAGUAUUUGUUAAUGACAAAGUGGGAACAUGGCUGUCAAAUUUUGUAAAGAGCAUGGGGGACUGCUACUAUUCUGGACAGAUUAUAGAAUCCAGCGGCUCAUCUGUUACCCUGAGGACAUGUUUUGGACUACGGGGGAUUAUAGAAUUUUUGAAUGAAAGCUUUUUUAUUGAGCCAUUACAAAAGACUCCUGGGCUUCUGCAUAAGAUAUACAAAAUGGAGGCCAGUGAAGACGUGCCCAUUUUCAUAUCUGAGAAUGACACCAACCUAAAUGAUCACAGCUAUCAGAGAAAACUUCUAAAACCAUUAAAAAGAAUAAAUAAGAUCAGAUCAUCUAUUUUCAAUAUGAGGCGAUAUAUAAAGGUAUCCUUGUUUGUGACACACGAAGCAUAUAACAUUCUGGGUGCCAGUCCACAGGCAGUCCUUUCUUCUUUAUUGCAAACAUUUAGCUAUAUUAACACAAAAUUUGUUCCACUUCAAAUGGAGGUAUUUUUAUCUACAAUUGAUCUUUGGACAGAGUCAAAUCUAUGUGUCACCGAAGGUAGUGUAAGUGACACACUGGAUAACUUCAUCGGAUGGCUAUCAGGACUACCAUCAAACCGGAGAAGAUUUGAUAUACCUUUAUUAAUUCUUGAUGGACAACAUCCUGAAGUUGGAAAAACUUAUUUUGGACAGAUGUGCUCGGAGAACAAUGGGGCAGUAGUAACGUUUGCAAAAGGAUUGUCUGUAGAGAAAUUCUCCGGCCACAUUUCCCAUAUAUUGGGUCACAAUGUUGGGAUGCUCCAUCAUCAUUCUGGGGAAUGUCCCUGUCCAGCUUUUCCUUGUAUCAUGGAUGUCAGCAUGACACUAGCUUCCAAUUCAAAAACGUUCAGCAACUGCAGCUUAAAGGAAUUCCGGAAUUUUAUUAUAAAAACCGGAGCCACCUGCCUCUUGACACAUCUUAAUACCAAGUCUCUGCUAGAUACUUCAUUGUGUGGAAAUAGAAUUUUGGACAAUAUGGAGUCGUGUGACUGUGGAACCGAAGUAGAAUGUAGAAAGGACCCCUGCUGUGACUAUAAGACAUGCACUCUGAAGCCGGGGGCCAUAUGUGCCCAUGGAGCUUGUUGCUCAAAAUGCCAGUUUCUUCCAUCUGGGACACUAUGUAGAGCAAAAAAAGAUGAAUGUGAUUUACCGGAGUAUUGCUCUGGAACCAUUGCAGACUGUCCAGAAGACGACUUUCAGCAAAAUGGCAACCAAUGCAAUGACAAGAAAAGUGUUUGCUACAAUGGGAUUUGUCAGAAUGUUGAUUCGCAAUGUGUGCUGUUCUUUGGUCCAGCUUCAAGAAAUGCUGACUUGGAAUGCUACCAGAAGCUAAAUGUCAUAGGAGAUAGAUUUGGAAAUUGUGGAGGAGUCAAAGGAUUUUAUGGAAGUUGUCAGCCACAAGAUGUAUUGUGUGGAAAACUUCAUUGCAUUUUAGAUGGAGAAGAACAUUUCAGCCCAGACAUGGCCAUAUCCUACUAUACAUUUAAACAUCAUGUCUGUGUUUCGGGAGACUUUUCAACUGAUCAUUUUAUUGAUCCUCUUUGGGUGAAAGAUGGUACAAAGUGUGGUGAAAAUAAGAUAUGCAUCAAUAAAAAAUGCACCAACCACUCAAGGUCAGAUGCAGCUUGUAAGCAGGAAACAACUUGUUAUGGCCAUGGGGUUUGCAACAAUAAACACCAGUGCCAUUGUAAUGCCGGCUGGAAUCCACCAUUUUGCAGUAGGACUGGUGAUUUUGGAAUAAUCGAUUCAAAAUCAAUCACCGAUGAUUCUGGAGAAGACAAUGGCCAAUGUUCCAGUAUGGAGGCCAUAUCUUUAAGGAUAUGGCUCUUAAUAUUCUUUCUAUUUAUACUGCCUCUUUUAAUGGUCAUCCUCUGGAAAACAAAUAUAUUCCAAAAGUUUACAAACACAGCUGCAGAACGUAACUCUGAUUCAAGUGAAGAGGAGAUGAAAAGUUUAAACACGAGCGCUGAAGUUGACAAAUGAUACAUUGCUCUUCUGUUCAUCUAUUCUGCAAUUAUUAUACUACAGUGAAAUAAAGAAAACAU